CCACGUUCGAAAAAUCUUUACCCUCGUGUGCCUAAGCGUGGAUCCACGUCCAAAACUAACAAACUUUUUAAAUGCGAUUUUGUUCUCUAUUCUUUGGACUUUUGGGUAAAUUUUUUUUUGCAACGAAAACGUACUGAAUGAAUCUGUCACGGGCGGCCAUUAGACUGAAUGGAUUUCGUCAUGGGAAUGGGAUCGACAAGUAAAAACAAGUGCAUUCUGGUGACACGUGCGACCGGUGAAAUUCCUUUUGUGUGAUUCUCACGAAAAUAAACAACUGAAUUCAUCAUGGUUGUGGUCCUGGAUCUUGACCGGUUUUUGCAUAAACGCGACUAUAUUUCUUGCUAUAAAGGAGAGUGUAUGUGGCCAUGGGAGGAAACCCAUUUCUUGCGGGAAAAUAUUUGUCAUAUUUGCCACACGGAAGUUAAUAACUCCAUAAGGCACUUCCGUGUCAUCAUGAGUAGAAAUACAAUUCGUCGGCUUCUACUAUCAAAUUUUUUCUGGUGCAAAUGUGGUUAUAGUGUAUAUGAUCACUAUCCCCCAGACGAAUGUUGCUCAUAAAUUCUUAAUUUUAAUUUGAUUCUUUUUUUAAAUUCAUUGAUCAGAUCAUUCCAAGAAGAAUAUGUUUUUAUUUUCAAAAAUAAAAUUGAUUUCUUAAUCAAAUUAACUCAUUUUCUCUACGUGGACACAAGAAGGUACUAGGCAAGAUCUACGUCGUCCAAUAAACUAUUAAAUGGCAUAAUUGACUAACUGGUAAUGGAGCCAGACCGAAUUAUUGACGACGUCGGGCUUCCCGAAGCCAGCACUUCAAAAAGUGUGGGUACCGGAAGACAUUUUCCCGAUGACGACGAUUAUGAUUGGCAGCCUAAUCAAAGGCCUCAUGACCUUGAUAUGUCUUAUUCCGAGAUACUCAGUGGGCCAUUAGGCGAGGAGCUAAGAGUGGAUUCGGGCAGUGAGGAAGAGGAGGAACCUAUGUCGCUGGAGGAGCUUCGAGCUAUCCUGGAAGAGACAGCCGAAGAUGUUGAGGAAGAUCCCGAAGAACACGAGAGGCUGUCUGAAUCUUUCAAUUGGUCAAGCGAUUAUAGUACAUUUAGAGGUCAACCGGAAGUUUAUUCCCAGCAGGCGAGCGAGGUCCCAAUAUUAAGGAAACAGAUCCUCUGAAGCUAUU